GGUGCGUCCUUCCUUCCGUUUUUCUCCGGAUCUGAGAUUAUUACACAGCUCUUGCAUAGGCUGAUCUUCUCAGGGGGGCUGAGGCAGCUAUGAAUGUGGAUACCUUGGGCCUGCUCAACAUAUCUCAGGGUCCCAACAAAGCACUCUGGGGCACUCGCAGGGGUCCAACUAUGCGCCGACAGAGGGAGUUUAUGCCGGAAGAGAAGAAGGACACAAUUUACUGGGAGAAACGGAGAAAGAACAAUGAGGCGGCCAAGCGGUCCCGGGAAAAGCGACGUCUCAAUGACAUGGCCAUUGAAGGCAGGCUGACCAUGCUGCUGGAGGAGAAUGCUAUACUAAGGGCUGAAUUGCAAGCACUCAAACUUCGGUUUGGCCUUUUGCCUUCUGUGUGUGGUGCCCGGACGUUGCCGUUGCAGGCCUUGCUAUGGAAUUCUUCUUGGACUGGGGACUCUCAUUCAGGGGCUGACACAUUCUUAUCUUUGCCUGGUGCCCACGGCUGCCUAUUCAAACCAUAUGCCGUGGAUUCUGGGAUUCCUGGUUUCUCAGGAUGCCUGGUGGCUCAAGGAUGGGCUGGCUUAGCUGCUUCCCCCAGGUUCUUGCAGGAGUCAGAGCCCCUGAACCCCAGGAUAGUUGACAGAACCUUUCAUGCCACCUUCCCAGCUGCUAUCUUUGGUUGUCACUUCUUAGAUGGGCAUGUGGGUUCCAGAACAGAGUUCAAGUCUUGCUGUGGGCUGUGGUCGCCUGUGCCCACUGGAUCCCAUGCCCCAGGGUCUUCAGAUAUAUCAUUGACAUCCUAUGAGAGUUCCAUUGGGUUUUUGCCUAGUAUGACCUGCUCUGUCCCAGGUGACAGGUCUGAGGGUCUGGCUCAGACUUCCCUGCCUCACAAACUGCGCAUCAAAUCCCAAGCCUUAAGCAGCUUAUGUUGAGGUUGGCCAGGGAAGCCUCUGAGAGCUGCCUCUGGCCAGGCCAGACCUACAAGAGGGUUGUUAAAAUUGAGCAGGGGUUUCUAUAAAGGAUGAGUGGCUUGACUUUGAGUAGUUACUAGGAGUGGACAGGGCCUGCAGGAAGUUGCCCUUGCUGGGAGGGUCCACCUCCUAGAGCCAAGAUCAGGGCUCUAGGUGAGGGGAUGAGAUCCCAAAUUGAAUUAUGUCAUAAUUUUUACUUUGCUCUAAAAUCUUAACUCUGUGUCAUUUCAUCUCUUCACUCAUCCAUCAGUCCAUCCAGUGAUUGUUGACAUCCACCUAGCCAUCCAUUUAUCCUUCACAUUUACACCAGUCAACUCAUCUUCCCAACCAUUGGUCCAUCUGUUUACUCAUCUUUUAUUUCUAUCUAUUUCCAUUCCUCCACCUAUGUCUUUCUAUCCACCAUUCCACAUGUCUGCUCUUCUUCUCACUCAUUUACUCAUUUAUUUAUUGAUAUUUGAUCCAUCCAUGCAUCAAUUCAUCCAUGCAUCCAUCCAUCCAUCCAUCCAUCCAUCCAUCCUCUCAUCCUUUACCUUUUCAUCCAUCUUAAUACUCUAUCUUCCCUCUCAUCUGCCUGCCUACCUGACCUCUAUCUAUCUAUCUAUCUAUCUAUCUAUCUAUCUAUCUAUCUACCUACCUACCUACCUGUGCUGGCUAGUUUUUAUGUCAACUUGAAAUAAGCCAGAGUCAUUUUAGAAGAGGGAAGCUCAACUGAGAAAUCCUCUCCAGCAGAUUGUGGGCAAACCUGUGGCAUUUUCUUAAUGAUUGAGGUGGGAGAGCCCAGCACACUGUGGGCUACGCUACCCUGGAUAGGUGGUCUUGCAUGUUGUAAGAAAGCAGGCUGAUUAAACCACGAGGAGUAAGAAAGCCAGCUAGCAGCACUCCUUCAUGGCCUCUGCAUCAGCUCCUGCUUCCAGAUUCCUGCCUUGUCUGAGUUCCUUCCCUGACUUCCCUUAGCAAUGGAGCAUGACCUGAGAGAUGUAAGCUGAAACCAACCCUUUUUUCCUCAACUUGUUUAUGGCUAUGGUGUUUUAUCACAGCAAAAGAAUUCCUAAUCAUCUAUCUAUCUAUCUAUCUAUCUAUC